CGGCAGGACCCCCUGGGUCCUCACGGGCGGGAAGAGGGCCGCUGCCUGCCAUUGGGGCAGUCCCUCUGAUAUCUGAGCAGCAGCGACUGUGCCCUCCAGCACCUAUCUGGGCUGCUCAGCAUUUGUCUAAAACUGACCAAACAGCUUGCUGAGCUAAUCUCAGCUUUCCCUGGGAGAGCAAGGGGCCUGGGGUGAGCUGGGCUUGGGGCCUCCAGCACUUGUCUCAGCAUUAAGGGAAAGGCCCCAGGCAAGGGACAGUGCUGUGCAUGACCCUGCACUUCCAGAAUCUUCCGCAGAUUCCUAGGCUGGCCGGCCAAGCCCCUGAUGGGCUGGGGGCCUGUGGCCUGAGAAGGGGCUGGGCAGGGGUGGGGGUGCUGGACCAGCCAGCGGGGCUGGGCUCUGGAAACCCCUUCCCCUUCCUGGAGGCGCUGAGUCAAGCCCACAAAAGCAGGCAGGUCAAGUGCAGGCCACUGCUGAGAUUGCUGAGUGUGAGAUCCAGAAGGCAGAUCCUCCGUGACUCAGCGGAUCCUGCCGGCUCCUCCACCCGCUGGAUGGUGCGAAGGCAGGGAGGGGGUGGGCUGGCUGAGGCGGGCUGCUACCGCCCCCAGAGCCAGGACCCCUCCCCUCCACAGGGCACGUUCAGCCUGCGGAAGCUGUGGGCCUUCACCGGGCCUGGCUUCCUCAUGAGCAUUGCUUUCCUGGAUCCCGGGAACAUCGAGUCGGAUCUUCAGGCCGGCGCCGCGGCUGGAUUCAAACUGCUCUGGGUCCUGCUCUGGGCCACCGUGUUGGGCUUGCUGUGCCAGCGACUGGCUGCCCGGCUAGGUGUGGUGACGGGAAAGGACUUGGGCGAGAUCUGCCACCUCUACUACCCUAAGGUGCCCCGGAUCCUCCUCUGGCUGACCAUGGAGCUAGCCAUCGUGGGCUCCGACAUGCAGGAGGUCAUCGGCACGGCUAUUGCGUUCAACCUGCUCUCAGCCAGACGAAUCCCGCUCUGGGGAGGCGUCCUCAUCACCAUCGUGGACACCUUCUUCUUCCUCUUCCUCGACAACUACGGACUGCGGAAGCUGGAAGCGUUUUUUGGACUCCUUAUCACCAUCAUGGCCUUGACCUUUGGCUACGAGUACGUGGUGGCGCGGCCCGAGCAGGCAGCCCUGCUCCGGGGCCUGUUCCUGCCCUCGUGCUCGGGCUGCGGCCAGGCCGAGCUGCUGCAGGCCGUGGGCAUCGUCGGCGCCAUCAUUAUGCCCCACAACAUCUACCUGCACUCGGCCCUCGUCAAGUCUCGAGAGAUAGACCGGACGCGCCGCGCGGACGUCCGCGAAGCCAACAUGUACUUCCUCAUUGAGGCCAGCAUCGCCCUGUGCGUCUCCUUCAUCAUCAACCUCUCGGUCAUGGCCGUCUUCGGGCAGGCCUUCUACCAGCAAACCAACCAGGCCGCGCACAGCCUGUGCGCCAACAGCAGCCUGCACAGCUACGCCAACACCUUCCCCGCCGACAACCACACGGCGUCCGUGGACAUCUACCGAGGAGGCGUGAUCCUGGGCUGCCUCUUCGGCCCCGCAGCGCUCUACAUCUGGGCUGUGGGUCUCCUGGCGGCCGGGCAGAGCUCCACCAUGACCGGCACCUACGCGGGACAGUUCGUGAUGGAGGGUUUCCUGCGGCUGCGCUGGUCUCGCUUCGCCCGCGUGCUCCUCACUCGCUCCUGCGCCAUCCUGCCCACCGUGCUCGUGGCCGUCUUCCGGGACCUGAGGGACCUGUCCGGCCUAAACGACCUGCUCAACGUGGCGCAGAGCCUGCUGCUGCCCUUUGCUGUGCUGCCCGUUCUCACAUUCACCAGCAUGCCUGCCCUCAUGCAAGAGUUCGCCAACAGCCGGCUGAGCAAGGCUGUCAGUGUCUCCAUCAUGGCGCUGAUCUGUGCCAUCAACCUCUACUUCGUGGUCAGCUACCUGUCCAGCCUCCCUCACCCUGCCUACUUCGGCCUCGUGGCCCUGCUGGCUGCCGUCUACCUGGGCCUCACUACCUACCUGGUCUGGACUUGCUGCAUUGCACAAGGAGCAGCCUUCCUGGUCCACAGCUCCCACCAGCGCUUCCUGUAUGGGCUCCCUGAAGAGCUGCAGGAGAACAGCGAGACCCACGGAUGAUCCCCUGCACGCGGCUUGGCUUGGGAGGCUUCGAGGGCGGAGCAGACUGGCCUGCUGCACAGCAGGAUGGAGUGGGAGAGUGUAGGAGCCAGGCCAACCUGGGGCCCUUAGGGUCCUCUGGUUUCCUAGGUUACACAGCUGAGGACCCUCUGGACCUCAGUGUCCUCAUCUGUAAGAUGGGCACAGCGCCAGCCUUGCCACUGAUGUGAGUGCCCGGCACUUGGGACUUUUUUAUUUUUUUUUAAAUCACUCCUAGAUACUUACUGAUCGCCAUAUAGGAGUGACCGCACAGAUCCAUAGGGGUUGGGGUGCGGGUGGGGGUGGCACAGGCUCCUAACUUAAAAUCUGAUGAAUGAGAAAUAAAUGCCAGCUCACUUCUCAUCCCAAAGGCCUGGGAAAAGAAACGCACAAGGCAAGCGAACAUCGCUCAGA